CAACUACACCACUCUUCGCUUUACUUCAAGGAUCACAGUUUUAUGGGAAGGAAAAUGUGUGUGGCCAAGAACUGACUUUGGUUACCAGUACCUCUACUGAACUGCAUAGACACCCAGAAAAUGCUGCUUUUGUACAGGAAGAUGACAUACCAAGAAAAAACGCAAACAAUGGCCCCCAGGAACAGAGGGAAAGGGAAAAAAGGAGGGAAACAAAAGAAAAAGAAGAAGAAUGUGGCAGAAAAUGAAGUGGAGGAGAAAUACAGGAAAGCAGCCCUGGAGGUCGACAUCCUCAAAGAGCACCUAGCCCUCCGGAGGGACGUGGCCAGGGAGGCAAAGGCUGACAGCGAAGGACUCAAGCAGAGGCUGGUGCAGCUGGAGCAGGAGCUGGAGAUGUCGCGGGACGACAAGAAAGACAUUUACGAAGAGAUGAUCCGGCAGUACCAGGAGCUCCAGCAGCAGACAGAGACCCGCAUACAGGAACUGGAGACCGAGACAAAGCAGCUACAGAAGCAGCUCGCAACGUGCCGUGAGGAUAUCCAGCAGGCCCGGGUGGAGAGAGAGCAGGUGCUGGGGGAGAAGGACCAGACCAUCGCUGAACUGCAGGGCAAAAUCAAUGCCAUGGAGACAGAGUAUGAAAAGAUCCUGCACGGCAGCCUGGACCGAGUCCUUUCCAAGCUGGCAGUCGCCCAGGACUGCUGGGAGAAGGAAGCCACAGCCAUGCACAUGGAACACAAGGAGAGACUGCGAGAGUUCGGGCUCAAUCCCCUGGAAAUCUAGGGCCCUGGUUUAUGCUGGGGCAAGGGGCCAUGUAGACGUCCCACCAUGGCCAACCACUAAUCCCUCAGCUGUGGCAGCUGGGAAGUUUUGCCUGACAGGGCCAGCAGCAGGAACCCGUAGCCGUCUGGACCUUUCACCAUGUGCAGCUUCCUGGCCUUGAAGGGCAGCGUGGUGGCAUCGGCCAU